AUGUGGAAGAAGAAGUUCUUCUAUAUCAAGUCUGCUGCCCUUGCUGUGGAGAUGACGUUUCGGAAUGUGACCGAGACGAUCAUAGCAGAGACCAUUGCGAUGCCCAGUUUGAAAUCAGUGCAGUGGUUCCCGCAGCUGCAGACUAUUGAGUCUGUGAAGUUGACUAACACGCAACUAUGGCUGUUGCGUAUGAUGUUGAGGAGGGGCAAGAACUCGAAACCCGUGGUGCGGGAAAAGAGCGGUGAAGAUGCUCCCGCAUGGAGGAUGUUUGCUCCGGAUUUCGAGGGUACGGUUGAGACCGUAGUUUGUGCGGAUGGUGAACAGGAUCACAAUACUAUCAUCCGUAGUAACUUCCGGGUGCCUACUGCAGCUGCAUUGGCAGUUGAGUUGCCAGCAGAAGAGGCGGCUGCGGGAGGGACGGCUGCGGGUCCCCCUGUGAUUGGUGAGAAGAGGAGGCCAGAGCAGAAAGCUGCUGGUGGUGUUGAAACCAAACGUCGGAGACUAGUAACCAAAAGGUCUGCUCCGACGCAGAAAAAACCUGCGGUUGUCGUUGAGCCUCAAGAUGAAGAUUUUUCUAUCUUCGAUGCUCCGGAGUCUCCCCCGCGUGACACGGGUGCGGGUGCAACGGAGGUGCCGUCGACACCUCCCAUCAAGGUGGUACCUGAGUCAACCGUGCAGAAGGAGGGGGGAUGA